GAAUAACUACGAAGUAAGCGUUUUGCUGAACAACAAAAUAUAAAAAAGCAACAGUAGCAGCAACAACAAAAUUUUGUAUAUACAUAUGUACAUAUAUAAAGUGUUAUUGUAGUGAUAUAUACACAUGCACGCACGCACAAAUAACAGCACAGCAACUACAACAAAAUACGCCACUCGAAUGUGCUGGUAAAAUUCCACUGUGAAACGAAGGAAGUUGUGUAUUAAUAAAACAAAUAAAAUAAAGCCGCGUAUAACAGAAAUUAAUAAAGAAAAUUGUGUUUGCCAAGCCAAAACGUGUAAAUUGAAGAGCAGAGUAUAAAGGCAAAAAGCCAGACGCACAUAUACGUACAUACAUAUACAUAUGUAUAUACAUUUAGUCGUGCGAUAAAUCCAAUCACGUUUUCGACAUUUUUUGUCGUUUUGUUGGCGCCCCGUGAGCGAGCGAGUUUUAUGCGUGAGUGUAAAGAAAUUUCAAGGUUUUGCAACGCGUGGGCAAAAGUCAAAACGGGCGGUGUCUAUUGUCGCCCGCAGAAAAUUACAAGUUAAGUCAAACAGCAGCACGAAAAUUUGUUAUAUUUAAUGCUAGAAAAGCCGCAAAAAACGCGCUGCCAACGUGCUUGAAAUUAUUAAGCGGCGCGCCCAUAAAAACAAAACACAAAUAAAACGUUUGGUAAUUAUCAGUUCAGCUUAUCUCAGCUCAAUACAUACAUAUGUAUGUACGUCCACGUUAUCAGCUGAAGUAGUACAUAAACAAAGAGCUGAUAAGAGUACCUCUGUCUGCUGGCCAACAACAGGCUUAUCUUACGACAAGAAAAUCAUUUUUUGAAAAAUAAAAAAAAUUGCUUUAGAAACAAGUAUAUAAAUAAAUACCAAAUGUUAUGCUAAAUUUAGAACAACAAUUGCAAGUGUAUGAACGCAGCCACGACGGCAAGGAGUUGCGGAUAUUGUGUUACUCUUAAACGUGAACGACAAAGAAAAAAACGUGUGAUAAAAUUGUACCUAAAAGCAAGGUAGUGAAACAAAAAAUUAUAAAAUAACAACAACAAACGAAACCACCUUGUGUAACUAAAGUGAACCCACCUGAAAUAGCACCAAGUCAGCCGACAAGUCAUCGGAGUAGUCGCCGCAGCCAUCGCUGAAUUCGCCGGCAGCGACAACCUGUUUGCUGUCAUAUUUUUGUCGCCGUCGCCGUGUCGUGCUCACUUCGUGCGCUCUUUACUCACUCGGUUUCGCCGGUGUGUUUUUAUCUUUUGACUACUUUUCUGCAUUGACGUAAACAACACCUUCCACCAUUCCACCGCAACUGCAAGCAACGUUGACGACGUCGCAGCAGCAGCACCUCCAACAUCAGCAGGCAGGCAUAGCAUAUACCGCCGCCAUUUUGCCCAGGGUCGCCGCCGUCGCCGUUGCCGCCAGCAGCAGCAGCCGCCGCCACACUAUGGAGCCUUCUUAUUGGAGCGAGGCGAACGGACAUGCCGCCCAUGCGGUUAAAUACGAGAGCCAAGUGCCAACUUGGGGCGCACAAAUUGGUCGGUGGUGGUCUCUAAGCUGAUUUUGAAUGCCAUAUCUACACGGAGCAGGGACAAACUGAAAGACUGAAAGUUUGCUUCAGAUACUCGUAGUCGGCCCCAAACUAAUUGAUGCCGUCCCCAGCGUCAGACACUGUGUGAAAAGCAUUCGAUUUUCUUUAAAUUGAUCCGAUAUGCACAUUUAAUAAACUUGUUUUCUCUCUUGCAGCAUAUUUAUAUAUGAUUUUACCACAUACUCUUAGUACUUUAUAAGCGUCAUUUAAUUUUUGAUUUGAAACGAAAUAAAGUUCUCAACAAACACACUACAUUUAAUCUAAACACAUAAUCCUAAACUAAUUAUAUUUAAGUCACUAGCUUUAAGUGAGUUUAAGUUAUGCGCCUAAUAAAUGCAUUACUAAAAAAAACAACAACCAAAAAACAAACAAAUACAAAAACAAAAUGAACAAAUCUUUGAACAAAAUUUGGACUUAUUUGUAUUUCUUACCUUCCCCCUUCUUUUUGCAUAUGAAACAAACAAACAAAUCGCAAACGAACAAAAUAUAGCGAAGCAGCAGUCUCCAGUUUUCCUUAUUGCACAGAAUCUAGCUUAAAUUUUUCAACAUCAGGCACAGCGUACAGCGAGGAUGAUGCAGAAUAUGCCACCGGAAGACGUAAUAAAACUUCGAGGCAAGACCCUCUGUCGCACCGCAUCAUUGAGAAACGCCGCCGAGACCGCAUGAACUCCUGCCUGGCCGAUUUGUCACGCCUUAUACCGCCACAGUAUCAACGCAAGGGGCGCGGACGGAUCGAGAAGACCGAAAUUAUCGAGAUGGCCAUUCGUCACCUCAAGCAUCUGCAGAGCGAAUGUAUGCAGAAGGAGAGCGAAUAUCGGAGCGGCUAUAUGGACUGCAUGAAGGAGGCCGCCAAAUUUCUAUACGACAGUCAAAUGCAGGACUUUUGCUAUCGCUUGCUGACACGUCUGCAGGAGCACAUCGACGAAGUGUUUAAGGCCGAUUGCUACAAGUCAUCGCGUGGUAGUUGCCACAUGCCCGACAAUGUGAGCGCCUCCAGCGGCAGUCCGCAUCAGGCUUAUCAUCCACCACUGUGCCAUCUGCGCGACAUGCUGGCCACCUCGGAUGUGGAGCACAGCAACGAUCACAAUGAUGUGAAGGACUUGAGUUUUCGCAACCAUAUCAAUCAGCUGCAUCGCAAUCAGCAGGCUGCCGUGGCAGCUGCGGCCGCUGCAGUUGUGGCCAAUGGCAGCGCCUCCAAUACCAGCGUAGAGAGUCCACAAAAGGUCAAUGGUGGCGCUUUGAGCAUCACAGGGAACUCCGAUAAUAUACCCACCAAUUCCACGGCUCCGGCUAGUGUAAUGGCCGCCGCAUCUGGCAGUAACACGGCCAGUUCCACCACUUCGCAUGCAUCGAGCUCAUUGACGAUCACCAAGUCAUCGACGUCGAAUGUGGUAGGAACAGGGGCGGGAGGAGCGACAGCCACACCGACGACACAACAGCCGCACCAGGCGCCCGUCAUCACGUCUACGGCACCCGCCUCGCUGCAUCAUCACACGGACUCUAGCCAGCAUGAUUUUGAUUCAUCGCGAGAGCCACUUCUGCACGCAGACACCUCGAACAUGCAUUCGCCACCGCCGCGGGAUUCGUUACUGCACCACCAUCAUCACCAUGCCCAUCUGGGACACAGUCAUCACACCACGGACAGCUUGCUGUCGGUGCGCAUGCGCAACUACUCGGAAUCAUCGCACGAAAUAGAGCACAACAACAACUAUAAGUACAAGAAUCACAUUAAGGAGCGCUUUGUGCACGAACUGCAUGACGAGGAGACGUCUAGUGAGCAUUGUCCAGCCCCGCCGCAUCUACAGAGCGACCAUUCCCACAUGCAUGCCCUGUCGGAGCACUCCAAAGACGGCACCGAGCCUGAAAUUGCACCCAUUAUGGCCAAGAAACGCAAAUUGGCCGAAGCGGCAGCCAAUGGUGAGUUGCUUCCUGACGCGAAUACCAAUUCGGCAGCCAGCACCAUUAUCGGCGGCCCCGGUGGUCGUGCACCACUCGUCCUGGUGCGCGAUGAGAAGCCUUCGUUUUCGUUUAGUGAUAUUAAAGCGGAGCUUCACAACAACAACUCAAAUUCCAGUCCACUCAUGGCUAAAAUGGCCGCUGCGGCGCAAUUAGGCACCCCAAGCAGCACCACCGCACCUCUACCCCCGCGCCACUCCUUCGCCGUGCCCAUUUUUGCACUGCACGGCCAGGGGAACUACUAUGUGCCCCUCAACGUGGACUACAAUGUCCUGGUGCCUUUCCUCAAUGGCGUCGACCUGCUGGAGAAGAGCUACACCACCAUGCCGGUGGUGCAUCCCAUCAAUAUCAAUGUGAACUUUAUGCCCAACACAACGUCGGCUUCGCUAUUAGCCGCUGCGGCCGCUGCUGCUGCCGUUGCUGCUGGCAAGCAGCAAGUCGGCUCUGCCACGCCCCUCAACGUCGCUGGUUCCAAUUCAACUGUGGCUCAAGCUGCUGCAGCGGCAGCGGCCGCUGUGGCCAAAGCAAAGCUCGAGCAGACCAUCAGCAACAGUUGGUGAAGUGAACUCCUGUGGCAUGGGGCUGGAUAAUAGGAAAGGAACAACUCUACCUCAGUAAUUCUGUGAAUAAUCAUUAAAUGAUUAAUCUCAACAAAAAUCAUGAAAUAAAAACAAAUAACCUGUUUAACUGUUUGAGAUGCCAAGCGCAGGGCGCGGGCUGACGCACCCACAACACACAUAUAAACAUACAUAUGUAUACACACCCACAAUCACAACCACCCACACCGCAUAUAGAACGUGGCCCGCCAUUGCGUUUUACUGUAGAAAUAUUUUUGUAAAAUACACUAUUUUAUUAGAAAUGAGAAGACGUAGAGACAGCUUAGAAACGCUCGCCUCUUCUGCCUUGAAGGUGCCGAAGGCAUAUCCAUUGAUCUGCUAAUAUGCUAUAUAGUAACUGUUAACUGUGUAGAAUGUGGCGACAUUUGAUUUAAUUACAAACAAACAAAACAAGUCAAAGCUAUUCGCUAGUUGUUAAAUAGUUGGAAAAUAUACACCUACGAGUAUAUCUAUGUACAAAUUAUAUACAUGGAUAGAUGUCUAGGAAUAUUGUGCAGGCCAGAGCCAGAAUGCGUCGCUUACUAAUCUGCAACCAUGAUGCCAAGAGUCCCACGCUAAAGAAAUCUAAUAGAUUUUAAAAACUUUUGAAAAGGAAUAAUAACAAUACCAACAAACAAAAGAACAUUGUGAAUUAUAUGUAUGUAUUUUUUAGGUAUUUAAUAAUUUUAGUCUCUAAAUUAAUUAAUUAGUGUUGUGGUUUCAAAUCAGGUAGUUUCUAAUUUAACUUGGCGCGUGAAGCUGGUUUUGAAAAUUACACACGUAUGUAUAUGCAGAAACAAAAACCACUAGUCAACAAAUUCUAAGACAACAACAACAAAAUCGUGAAAAAGAACUAUAUUUUAACAAAUAAUAUGUAUAUGUAUGUUAUGUUUAGUGACAAGUUAUGUUAAGUUUGUUAGACCGUAAGCGCCGAAGCCGCUUAGCAGCUUCUUGAAAAGCUUUCAAAACGCACCAAUUUUCAUUUUCGAAAUGCGGUCCUAAGUAAAUGCAUAUAAAAUAUACAAUAUACUUGUAAGUAUGUCUGUUUGUAUGUUUAUCUAACUGUUAAGUAUAGUUACUGUUUUUGUUAGUUACAACAAAUUCAAGAGAAAUUGAAAAUCGUGUCAUUUUUAUAAAAAAAAAAAAAAAACUAAUAAAACGUUUUUGAAAAACUC